CUCACACAUACACAAAAGGCUGUAUACACACACUCGAAAGUAUAUGGAUGGCCUCGGGGUUAGACAUGAUCACAGCUGCUACUGGAAACUCCCAAAUCAAGUCAGCCUGCCUGAGCUGCAUAGCCCUUUAAUAAUUAGCAGGUGUGUGUGUGUGUGUGUGUGGGUGUAUUAAAGGCAUAACUUAGUGCUUAAUUCUGCUGCAGUCCAAUACAGGGUAUAUCCGACCGUUUGCCUCUUUCUCUGGCUUUAUCUUCCCGUUGGAGCGCGGAAGUGCGUGCACGCGUGUCUCUGUGUUUUAAUUUUGGGCAAUCUAGCUCCCCUUUCCCUGCACCUUUAAGAGCGCGUGCCUGUUCUCGUAGCUGAAGGUCACUAAAACGCACAAAAAGCUCUCAGCUCUGCGGUCCAAUAUAGCGCAUGCGCAGUGCCUCGGGACUCAUACACUGUCAGACUGCAAUAUGGCGAGAAUGCCUGGCAGCGGGGACCACUGCUGUAGAGAUGACGAACCGGACCCGAUGGCGGGGGAACGGGAGAGAGACGGAGGCUCGGGCGAGGAAGAGGAGGAAGAGAUUCAGGAGAUCCAGAUCACAGGGGAAGAGGGAGAAGUGUCAGAGGAGGAAGCCGAGUUAGAGUGGGAGGAGUGCGGGGAGCCCGACAGCUGCGCUGCUGCCGUGGAAACGGGGGAAGCGGUCCUUAUGCGCAAUACGGACCAGCUCGACUCGGCGGCAGCGGGGGACCCGCUUUUCGCCGCUCUGGACGCGGGACCCGAGGGAGACGUGCACCGCUCCAGGCUGAGCGAGAACACGCGCCUGGCCACCCGGUACGCGGUGCGAAUCUUCCGGGAGUACCUGACGGAGAAGGCGCAAAGUACGGACUUUGAGAGCAUGGACAAGCACGCGCUCUGCAAAGUGCUGCGCUCCUUCUACUCGGAGGCGCGCUCCAAAAGCGGACAGCUGUACAGCAAGUCCUCCCUCAUCAGCAUCCGCAGCUCGCUCAACCGCUACCUGAACGAGCCCCCCUUCUGCCGCACGCUGGACCUCACCAAGGACCCCGAGCUGCGCAGCGCCAACCUCGCGCUCGCCGCGGUCAUACGCAAGCUGGAGGAGCAGGGCGCCGGUCCCGUGGUGCAGAAGCAAGCCAUCACGCGCUCCGACCUCAGAAAACUCUACACGUCGGCCGUGUUCAGCGCCGGCUCCCCGUUCGGGCUGCUCAACAAAGUGUGGUUCGAGACUUGCAUGUACUUCUGCACGCGGGGGCGGGAGAACCAGCGCGAACUCGAGGAGGACUCUUUCGGGCUGGCCGCGGACGAGGACGGACGCAAGUUUGUGUACUUCAAAGCGCUCGGGCCGUACCACAAGUCCCGUUCCGCGUCGUGGACGAAGAAAAGAACGGACACGGACGACGACAACCUGCCCCGCAUGUACGAGACCGCCACGGAGUUCUGUCCCUACGCGAGCUUCGUCAAGUACCUCUCGAAGCGCAAUCCUCUCUGCAAGGCGUUCUUCCAGCGCCCGCGUGAUCACUGCAGCGAGACCGACACGACGUGGUACGAGAAUAAAGCCAUCGGUAAGAACCUGCUGGGCACGAGGAUGCAGAUGCUGUCGCGUGCCGCCAAACUGUCAAAGACCUACACCAACCACUGCAUCGGCGCCGUCUCCAUAGCAACGCUCAACGGCAUUGCGGGCAUCGGGUCAAAGUUAGCGCCUCUCCGCGUCUCCCCGGAAACGGUCAACGGAGGAGCGCACCUGCAGCACGCGCUGCGCUGCGAGGACGAGCUCGAGCUCAAACCGCAGAAGGCGAUCAAGCGCUCUCGGACGCUCGUCUGUCCGGCGAGCGCGGUGGAACCGGGGGCAUCGCCGAAGAGGCUGUGCGCGCGCGCGGACACUCCGGCCGUCACCGCGCUGGUCUCCGCUCGUUGCGAGCCCAACGGAGAGAGCCCUCGUAUGCUGCCCUCACAGGAGAAUCGCAGCAACAGUGUGGGCAUGUCGACUCGGCCGAUCUUGGCACAUUCGCCGGUCUCCCCGCUGGGUACAGCUGGCAUCCCCACACCCGCACAGCUCACGAAGGCCAACGCUCCGGUCCACAUCGAUGUAGGGGGUCACAUGUACACCAGCAGCCUGGCCACAUUAACCAAAUACCCAGAGUCCAGGAUUGGUCGUUUGUUUGACGGCACGGAGCCCAUUGUUUUGGACAGCCUGAAGCAGCAUUAUUUUAUAGAUCGGGAUGGACACAUGUUCCGCUACAUUUUAAACUUUCUCAGGACCUCAAAACUGCUCAUCCCAGAUGACUUUAAGGACUACUCUCUGCUGUACGAGGAGGCCCGAUAUUUCCAGCUGCAGCCUCUGCAGGCUGAGCUGGAGCGCUGGCGUUCGGACCAGGACUCUAGGUACACAUCACGCAUGUGUGAGUGUGUGGUAGUGCGUGUGGCCCCCGAGCUGGGAGAGAGGAUAACGCUCAGCGGUGAUAAAGCCCUCAUCGAGGACAUCUUCCCAGAGAUAGGAGACGUCAUGUGCAACUCCGUCAACGCAGGCUGGAACCACGAUUCCACUCAUGUCAUACGCUUUCCUCUGAACGGAUACUGCCACCUCAACUCUGUACAGGUUCUGGAACGACUGCAGCAAAGAGGUUUUGAGAUUGCUGCUUCUUGUGGAGGUGGUGUGGACUCAACCCAGUUCAGUGAGUACGUUCUGAGGAGAGAGAUCAAACGAAGUCACCGCGGGGUCACGACCUCCGUCAUUCGGAUCAAACAGGAACCGCUGGAUUAGCUGCCCACUCUCACAAAAAUAAACUGGAUAUGGUAUUUUUAACUGAAUAUAAGGGAUGUUUUGAUUUAUGUUGUAAUCCUCCGAGACAUUUUUUCAUUGGUACUGUCCCUAAAUAAACAGUUUCAAAUAAGGAAAAAUAAUGUUGAAAUUCAAAUGGGAACUUUUUUUUCCGAACGAUUGGUCUCCAUUUGAUUCUCUGUGUGAAGGUUUGUUUUAAAACUUCAAGACUGCCAGACUGCACUUUUGCUGGAUUUGUUUUCACCAUGACAGCUAGGAGUGGAAGAGGCUAAACUAAUGUUACACUCUAUACAUGACAUCCUGUAAAGAAUUUCAGCUGCCAUACUUAUUUAAUAAGCUGUUUGAUGAAUAAUUUAUGUUGCUAAUCUUCAAGUGUUUCUCUCAUAAAUAGCAUAUCACACCAGAGAGGAAUUGCAGCUCUAAUUAGAAAAAUACACACACACACAUAAAGGAUAAAUCACAGCUGUGGGUUUCUGAGGGAUCGUAUGACUAGACGAACCCUCAUUUUGUCAAACGCAGUCAUGAACUGAAUGAUCUAAAAGAUUUCAAUAAGAGGUAUAUUUCUUUCCCCAACUGUUCAUUUUUUAAUCAGAAAAUUCAAACAUAAAAUUGUCAAGUCAAUAUGACAAUGUUUUGUUUUUUUUUCGCUGUAACUUGCGGUAUUUUCUUUAAAAAUACUACACAAAAAAUUAAGAUUGUGUUUUUUUGUUUUUUUUAAUCAUAAACUUACAGUGUCUGGCUACACUUAAAACUGGUUUAUAAUCCAUGAGAUUAAAGUUUGAGAAGAAUGUAAUGUGACAUUGUUAAUAAAAGUUUUGAAAAAUCA